AGUUAGAAAUGGCGGCACGGUUUUCCCUGGCUCUGUCCCUCCUGGGUGUGCCAUCUUGAGACGCAGAUACCAGGAUGAUCAGGUUGAGCAUCCAUAGGAAGGUCUGAUAACUUCCACUUCUGUUGAGAUCACUGUCAAAGCCAGCAUCAACUGGCAAGUGUAAAGAAUGGGCCUUCCUUGAACACAGCCACAGUCUUAGAGCAACCGCAGCUAGUAUAAGAGAGCAGAGAUGAGCGACCCCUCCAAAGCUCUCCCCAGAUUUGCAGAUUUGCGAGCAAAAUAAAUAUCAGGAAGUUUUGUUGGCAAAGGCGGGAUUGAUUAUGCUGCUGUGCAAAAGUAGGGCGUGGUCCAACUAACUUAGAGGGACAGUUGGGAGUAGCCUCGGAGACCUGAGCGAACACUAGAGGGAAAGGGCGGGAAUGCUGAGCAAGCAGGUGUUGAGCUGGGAGGAUGUGUGAACUAAAUCCUGGAGACUUGAUUUCAAGAUCUCAGUCUAGCCUUAAAUCAUCGUGAACGCAAAUUGGCCACGGACACGCCCAGUAGCAGGCUGGCCUCACACUGCUAAUCACCCUGUCCUUUUCUCCCCCAACCUGGGAUUAUGGGUUUUCUAAAGUCCUUACAUUCAUCCACAUUGGAUUUCAUUAAGGGCUCAAGCCCAUUGGCCUCCAGCAAGCUAGGCAAACACUCUCUCGUUGAGGUAUUGUCCUAGAUCAGUUAUUUACACUCAGUGACAGAUAUGUCCUUGUCGGUUUUCAAUUCCAAACAGCCUGUUAAAAAAAAAAAAAAAAAGGUAUCCACUUGUAUUUCCAAGCUCGACCUCCAAUGAAAACCUCAAGUGACACUUUGUUCAUUUCCGUUUCAAUUUGCUUUGCAAAUUAAGAAAAUCUCUAGGACCUCGUAGGUGUGGGUGGGACAAGGAGUUCCUGAGAUUGUGGUAGGGGGUGAGAAAGAGUUUUCACGUGUUUGUGUAUGUAUAUUGACAAAUAAAGGCAAUACAAACCGUAAGACGUCUAAGGCUUGAUUCCUUCUCUGAACCGCUACCAACAACGACAACAAUCUCACACUCAAACAUACACACACACAUACACAAUUAGGCAGGCAGGAGCACUAAAGCCCACUUUUACACUGGUGGGUUCUUGAAGGUGGGGCUGGGUGUGUCUACCACUCCCUAGGACCCUCCCAUGCCUGGGCGGGGCUUCCUCGGAAGCCAGGCUUAUAUAAGGAAGACAGGUCCUCCCACCACUGCUCACAAUCAGCAGCCUGUCAACCUGGUAGCAUCCACUCUGUCCCAGAGAGUCCACAGAGUGUCUUGCAGAAACCAGACGACAGCUGUUCCUGAACAAAGAACUGUGGAGCCCAGGCCCAUAACCUGCCUCGGACCUUGUUGUGCACUGGCAACCGCAAACGAGGGCAAGAGCGCAUUGCCACCAACAUGCUGAAAAUGCCUCCGCGAAGCCCCAGGGUCUACCCGGUGCCCUGCUGGGACCCGCAGCCAGAAGACGCCAACCCUGCCAAGCGCCGCCGCCUCCAGGAGCCUGCCUGCCUCGCCUCGUUGGCACAGCCAGACCUGGAAGCAUCCGCCAGGCCAGCCAGCAAAGAGCUCACGUCCACGGUGGUCAUUCCCACCGGAUGUGCCAUGCAACUACGCGUGCAAGGCGUCGACCUGCUGCUGGAGCCCGAACCGACCUCGGUCAGGCGAGUGUCGCUACCUGGACAUACCAUCAUCCUGGUCCCCGAAGGCCUCCAAGCCUCCUCCCAACCUGGGCAGGCUGUGUUCUGGCCCGCCGGCACGCAGGAGGCCCCUGUCCCGGACAUGCUCCAGGACCACCACGUCUUUGCCCUCGACCAGGGAAUCAAUGGUGCCGAGAGGUAUGCUCCUGGCUCCAUCUGGAGCCUCAAAAGCAGCACGCGCUGGCCUCUACCCAGCCCGCAACUGCAGCCUCUCCCUCCAUCUCCUCCUCCAAGUCAUCAAGAACAAACCUCUGAGAGUCCUCAGAAGCCUCCACGGCCACCGUGCAAGGCCAAGAGGCGCCUCUUCUAG